CAUGAAAUUUUCGGUCAGAUCUACUCGAGCGGGCGUCAAGUGAACAAGACGAAACGACGAUAAAUUCGAACUAAAGAUAACGAACAAUCUAUUUAACAAUACAAUUUUAAUAAAAAAAAAACAAAAUGGUUUACGAAAGUGGAUUUACAACUCGCAGAACUUAUUCCUCUCGUCCGGUGACAACUUCUUACGCCGUUACGUAUCCGUCCAUUCAGAAAGUAACUCGUGUCUAUAAAUCGAGUUACCCCAUCUACUCGAGUUACUCAAUACCUAGGCGUAUUGUUACUGGAGCCCGUGUGGUUACAUCGCCAUUCCGAGUUGUCACCUCCCCCACCAGGGUGGUGUCCCGGAUUAUACACUCUCCAUCGCCUGUUCGUGUUGUCCGUACAACAACUCGUGUUAUUUCAUCUCCGGAGAGAACAACGUACUCCUAUAGCACGCCAACGACCUACCACAGCCCAGCCCUUCUCUCAUCUUACACUUCGAGAUAUAUCCCAACAUCGUACACAACGUAUACACCAUCGUAUCACUACAAUCCUACAACAAUUACACGGGUGUACGCCCGCUCGGUUUCACCGGUGAGGAUAACUUCAUCUUCCGUUCGACCAGUACCUUCGUACUUGAAGAGGCUGCCUCCUGGAUAUGGUGCACGGGCCCUAACUAACUACCUCAAUACCGAACCUUUUACCACAUUUUCUGAGGAAACAAGCCGGAUUCGCCAUCGGGCACAAUCUUUGAUUCGUGACUUGCAUACUCCUGUGGUGCGUCGGGCACGCAGUUGUACACCAUUUCCAGUAACUGGUUACACUUAUGAGCCGACAUCCCAAAUGGCCCUAGACGCAUAUGUGGCCCGUGUAACAAACCCUGUGCGCCAUAUUGCCAAAGAAGUGCAUAAUAUUUCGCACUAUCCGAGGCCAGCGGUAAAAUACGUUGAUGCCGAUUUGGAUCCCAAUCGUCCAACGAGAAAAUUUUCUGCUCCUAGGCCCUUAGAGGAUCCUGUCGAUGUAGAGUCGAAAGAGAAGCAGCGUCUGCGUCAAGAACGCAUGCUAACAGUAAACGAAGAAGCCUUGGAUGAAGUGGAAGUUGAGAAAAAACGGGCUCAAAAUGCAAGCGAAGAGAAACGCCGUGAAGAGAAGACUCUUAAAGAGGAAAAAAGACGUAUAGCUGCCGAAGCCGAGAAACAAGCUCGCUUAGCCAGAGAAGCUGAAGAAGCCGCUCAAAAGGCUGCGGAAGAAGCCGCCCAGAAAGCUGCGGCAGAAGCCGCCCAAAAAGCUGCGGAAGAAGCCGCGCAGCAGGCUGCAGAAGUAGCCGCUCAAAAGGCUGCGGAAGUAGCCGCUCAAAAGGCUGCGGAAGAAGCCGCCCAAAAGGCCGCAGAAGAAGCCGCCCAAAAGGCCGCGGAAGAGGCCGCCCAAAAGGCUGCGGAAGAAGCCGCCCAAAAGGCCGCGGAAGAGGCCGCCCAAAAGGCCGCGGAAGAGGCCGCCCAAAAGGCUGCGGAAGAAGCCGCUCAACAAGCUGCAGAAGAAGCCGCUGCGGAAGAAUCUCGUUUGAUUGAAGAAGCUGCACUUAAGGCAGAGGAGGAGAGGUUAGCCAAAGAAGCACUGCUGGAGGAAGAGCAGCGUUCUCGAGAGCAAGAACUCAAUCGCUUAGCAGAAAUUGAAAAGCAAGCUGAAGAGGAAAGCGAGGGUGAUCUGGCUCGGCAGGCAGCAGAGCUGGCUGAAAUAGCUCGCCAAGAAGCUGAAAUCGCAGCUCUGGAGCUUCAAGCAAUUCAAAAAGUUGAGGGGGAAACCAAUGAACCACUUAUUGAAGAACCAACCACACCGAUAGAAGAUCAGGAACCAACCAUAGAAUUGAGCGCUACUAUUGAUGAGGCUGUCGCUCCUUCAGGCGGUGAGAGCUAUGACGAGGAAGAUGACGAAGAAGAAUAGUUUUUGAGUAAUUACAUACAUAAAUGUCAUUUUGAUUUCAAAAACUAUUUAAAUAAAGAUAAACAAAUUUUA